UAUUUAUAUGGCCCAAUAACCAGAAUUGGUAAUUAGGGCUAGAUUCUUGCUAUACUGUUUCAGUCAAUCUGCAUUCGAAUCGUACCACCGAAGAACAAGAUGAAGCUUAAACAAUUAGAAAGUUUAUUAGGGAAUCUUCAACAAUUCCAGAAUCCAAAGAUUGAGCUGGAACAAUAUCCAACUGGAGCUCACAUUGCUUCUCGUAUGUUAUACACGGCAGAGAAUUCAUACGACGACAUAAGCGGCAAAGUAGUAGCCGAUUUUGGAUGCGGGUGUGGCACAUUAAGUCUUGCUGCUACUCUCCUGGAUGCAGAGCAUGUCAUCGGCAUAGAUGUUGACGAUGAGUCCCUAGAAAUUGCAUCGGUCAAUGCUGAUGAGCUGGAGGUUGAAUUGGAGUUAAUUCAAUCUGAAAUUAAGAACCUGCAAUGGAGAGGUCAAAUUGUCGAUACUGUUGUAAUGAACCCUCCGUUUGGAACACGCAAAAAAGGAGCCGACAUGGAAUUUUUGUCCGUUGCAUUAAAGGUUGCUUCUCAAGCCGUUUAUUCUUUGCACAAGACAACUACAAGAGAACAUAUUAAAAGAGCGGCAUUGCGAGAUUACAAUGCUAGUAGUGCUGAAGUUAUAUGUGAGCUUCGAUAUGAUCUGCCAAAACUAUACAAAUUUCACAAGAAAAAAGACGUUGAUAUCGCUGUGGAUUUAUGGCGGUUUGUUCCUAAAGCAAAACAAGAAUCUUAGAUAUAAUCUGCUUUUGUAUUUGUAACAUUGAUGUUAUUGUGUAUAUUGGUACCGAAAAACGGAAAUUCGAAGAUUUUUUCAUAGCAUAUGUAAUCAACAAUGGAUCAUGUUUUUAACAGCAGGAAGAAUAUAUUAAAACCCAA